AAUUAGUCACGGUGCACAAGCAGAAAAUGGUAACAUGAAGGGGGAGCGAAAACAACAACAACAACAACAACAACAACAACAACAACAACAACAACAACAACAACAACAAUUGGAAGGGGUUGGGGAAAGGGAAAAAAGACUCCAAAAUAUGUUAUCUAACACCACUCUGUGGUCCGCCUGUUCUCGCCAUUCGGAACCCGAGGCGCAUCCUCUACCAAGAUGGCGCCAUCUUGCAACACCCGUAAUUCGCUCACAGUUCGGCCCGGGAGAUUUUGAGACCUUACAGUGCCAAGGAUACACACAUGUCCUGGAGCUUGCAGCCCAAGGGUGCUCCUCAAACUCGAUGGGCAAGUAUCAUUUCCUUAACCGUACAGCACUGCUUGUCCUUUUUUUGGAUGUUGGCUCAUUUGUACUGGCGGGACGUGGACACGGAAGGGGUUGCUUCACAAAGGCCCGGCCCAAAAUACCUCCAUACUAUCCGUGUCCCUUUUGCUUGGAGCUUUUUCAAUGA